AUGAUGUACGAUGCGGUCCCUCAUAUUAAUACUGAACGUAUCACAGCGCUUAUCGAGCCCAAAGGUGUUCCGCUGCCUAGGAGACUGUAUAGUGAUAGACUUGGCUGGAAUAGACGAUCAAAGUCCGAGACUUUGGGAAGCAGUACGCAACUUCUUGCCAAGCUUGUCCUGGGCAAAUAUCGUUCCAACCAAUCUGUUCCUGAGCUACAACAGCAGCUGAUAGAACAAAACUUGCCGUGUCUGUCGUCAAUGUGUUUGUCGGCGACUCAGCAUACCGUAUACCGCCAUUCCUUGCGUCAUAACAAACAUUAA